GCGGCAAGCCGUCCUUGCCACCCCGAACACAUGUAGAGAGUGAACAAGGUCAGCCCAGCCUACUUCGCAUCUUGAAAGCUUCAUGCGGCCGCCACCGCCGGUGCACCUCAAGACGUCUUCUCGGUAACUCAACGAGAAGCGCUUCCGGCCAGGGCUUGCGGCGGCCCCGAACGCGUCUCCAAGUAUACGACGCGUCGCGGGCCUGCGACACACGUUCCUGUGUCUCUGCCGCAGAUGCUAGGGUCCCUGAAAUCUCAAGACAACUGGUUGCGCUCGUAAGCUCGAGCUCACAAUGGCGCGCCCCUCAGGUCCGGACGUGGAAUCACGCCACCUGCUCGAGUUUGCGGUCAAGGCUGCAGAGACAUUCGUCAGCGCCUACUAUCAAGCCGCCGACAGUCCGCAACGGCUGCAGAUCCUGCCGACACUCUAUCUUGCCGACAGCUCGAUUGUCUGGAACGGCAAUCCGAUCAGUGGCAACCAAGAAUUUGCGGCCUUGUUACAGCAGAUGCCAAGCACAAAGCACGAUGUCCAAUCCUUUGACUGCCACCCUCUAGGUGGAGGCCAACAAGCGCCAAAUAUGUGGCAGGUACCAUCCUUGAUGCUUACCGUAAGCGGCGUUGUCACACACCACACACCGGACUCUAUCUCUGCACAGCCGGUCUCUAACGCGCCGAAAGCUGCGACGUCCACGGGCAAGGGCAAGGGCAAAGCACGAGGCGGCGGCAGCGCUCCGCAAAAUUGGGUUGAUGCGCCGAUCGACAGCUUGCCGCGUGCUUUCAGUCAGAGUUUCGUCCUGGUCAACCUGCCGCAGGAGGAUGGUGGCGUGAAUUGUUCGGGAGGCGACAACAAAGGGGGAAUGCAGCCUCUAGUGGGAAAAUUCUUUGUACAAGCGGACAACGUGCGAUUCGUAGGGUGAAAAAAG